CGACAGCUAAAGAAGAUACAAGGCCUGAACUACAACCGGCAUAAUAUUCUUUCAAUAGUGGUUGGAUGUGCUAUAAGGCAUAUAAUGUGCCUACUGUCAUAUAAAGAGUUGUGUUGUCGUCCAUGAAUAUACUAUAAUCAUAACUUGCACUAGUCUACUAGUAAACAAGACACGCCUACUAAAACACAUGCGCAAAUCUGAUAGGUGAUGUUGUCUGUUUUAUGCAUCAUGGCACAUAGGCGUACUAAGAGAUCUUAGAGAGAUUAUUGCAUCGAAGAUCAAGGGAGCACAAUUUCAACAGUACCCACACUAACUGACUGUGGCAUGGCCAAGAAAGUAAGCUUAGCGUCUAAAUGGAAGCCUCCUCAGCAGAUAAAACUUCCAGAAAGAGAAAUGAAAAAGUCUAAAUUCUAUUUGCCAUCACCAGACAAAGAAGCUGACGACGUGUUUAUGACGGAAUCGCUUAACCGGACGAGCAGACCUAUAUUUGACGACCGAAUCGAAUUUGAUGUUGCGUGCGAGAAAUUUUUCAAAAAAUAUAGCAUUCCAGAUGAAGGGAAAAUAGAAUUUGCAGAGAUGUUCAUGAACAAAGAAAGAGAAGAGGAACCUAGAAAGGGAAAAUCCAAGCGACUACCAUUGCAUUCUACGUCGUCCGUCGGUAUAACAUCAUCUCCUAGGUAUAGACAUUCUAGAAUGUCGUUACCAAGUCUUUCUACCAGCAGUGCCUCUUCAUCGCACCGCUACCAAAUACCACGUCGCAAAACUUCAGCUAUUGAAACAUUUCAAUCGUAUGAGAGCAUGCAGUCAACAGACGUAACCCCAGUGGACGACGGCAGCUGUGUGUUCCAUCAUCGUUGCCGAUCGACGGUCCUUGAUCAACCUUUGAACCAAUUUCAGAUUUCAGUUGGUAGUUCAUCGACCAUCGUCAUCGCAGACAGCAAUACAAUUAUACUACACGGACAAAACGCUGAAUUGGUUAGCCAAUAUGAAAAAAUCGCAUUGAAAUUAUUUUUCAACAUGAAUGAUGAAAUUAUUACACGAAUGGUAAAUGCAAACUUCUUGGAAGAUCUCUGUGAACUGAUACUAGAGAAAGGAGCAACGCCAUUAGAGAUCGGAAAAGGCUGCGUUGAACUGUGGCUAAGUUUUGCAAGGACUGACACCAUCAACACAUUUAUGGAUGAACUUAAAAAAGGAAAAUUAAGAAAUGAACUGGCACGAUUAUUAUUACGUCAUGGAUAUAUAAAUGACGAUAAAGAAUUAACGAUUUCAAUUAAAGAUAAAAAAGUGGAUAAAGUGAGUCUGCAAGGAAUCGGAAAAGGAAUCAAGAAAGACACAGUUUUCGACAAGGAUAUGAAUGAGGGCGCACUCGAUCCGAUCAAUUUCAUGAUGUCUGCAUUUUGGUGCACAAACCUGGAGCAACUUGACACGGUUUUGUCACGUAGAUACGAAGAAAGAAUUCCCGUUGGUGGAUUUACAGAGCACUUCCAAACUUCAGACAAUACUUUCAGGUCCAAAGAUGUCAAGAGAGAUGUUCCUGCGUCGAACACAUUAUUUCCAACGCUAUUGCAUUUUGCAGCAUUUCAUGGUCUUCCUAAGCUGUGUGCAUGCCUCAUAGAUACACCAGGGUACAGCGAGGCAGUCUCCAUGACCAAUAAGGACGGACUUACUCCAGUUGAAAUGGUCCCUGUUGAUAAACCAAACAUUAAAAACGUAUUCGGUUUUAAGUAACCUUACUGCAGUUAGUCCAAUGGUGGCGCCAGGAUUUGGUAGGGGAUGUCCCCGUCGAGAGCAAAGUAGGCGUGGUCGGACGUCACUCGAAAUCUUUCGGAAGUGGCCCCGAAAUAUGACAAUUUAUAUUAUUAGGGGUUUCAAGGGAUUAUUUGAUGAGUUUAUAAUCUGCCAAUACUGUAUGUGGAAAGUAACUAAAAAAUAAUUUAGUCUCCCCAAACAAUUGUGGUUUUUCAACCUAACAACGGGGGGCGAGGGGCACGGACACCUCUGCUGAAGUGUUUUACCCUCUGGGUUUGAGUAAUCAGCGGCGACAUAAUUCUUCCGAAAAUUUUCGGUGGAUUACUAAGCGAAGCACCGCAGAGGCGCAUGUUGCUGACGUGUAGAGUAUCUACAGUACGAGCGAACUUAGUUUCCCAAAAUACUGUAUAGGCAUACUGUAAUUAUAUUCUGUUGCACAUUUUUAAAGAAAAAUACAGCAAUUCCCUUUUAGGAAAGUUGUGGCUGAUAGGGACCUGUCUCUCGCAUUGGGAUUAAGCCCCACCACUAUGUAAUCAACCUAUACAAUAAAUCAUUAUACAUGAUCAUUUACAAAAUGUGUUAAGUUGUCCAUAUAUUAUUGUUGCCUUGUUAUUGUUCAUUAUCAUGACAUUGGUAUCCAAAAUAGGAGCUAAUAUUUUUGUUUUUACAGUACAGGUGCAGUACAAUACUUCUGUUUUGUUUAUGUGCAGGUAGUUUAUUAUAUUGUACUGCCACCAACGAUUGGAUCUGGGAAAGUUAGAGAAAUGAUAAAAGCACUGUAGCAACAAUGGUUUUUUAAAUGGACACUAGGCUUACUAUUACUUUACUGAAAUUAAGUUUGUAUACAGUACUUCAAGCACUGCACAGUAUAGAGUUUUCAGAUUUAUUACUAUCUAAAUGUAACAGACAUUAAGACAACACCAAGCAAAUUUCUUCUAUAAAAUGGUCAAAUUUAUUCUUGUACAUGUAUUCCACUUCAACGUCAAAACCAACAGACAUUGAAAGUGGUGUCCAAAUUAAAUCAAAAUUGUCUUUAUAACUAUCGUCAAGAAAUUCUCAAAUUACAUACCCACAAUCAAUCUGAAAUCAUCAGCAUUUUAUAAAGAGACCAGGGACUAACUGAAACCCAUGCCAAACAUGAAAU